UUCUCUCUCCUUCUCUGGAAUCGUCGGAGUAACAAGGGCAUCAGGUGUAGUUGCAGAUUACAGAGGGCUCUCUCGCAUGAGGCUACAUGAUUCGCCUCAGGUGAACUGACCCUGCUUUGAUAGGCUUGUUGAUAGAGGAUUUCACUAAGCUUCUGUAGUCAUGAUGAGGUGGCAGAAGCAUUUACAGUCUAUACUUUGUCAUGUUGGCAGAAGAGAGGCCCAAAUUGAGAGUGCAUCCUUGAAUUUAUCUAGUGCUCGUAAAAUUUCCUCUUAUUUACUAGGUGAAUUUCCACAUCAACCGAGCACACUACCAUACACAAAUAUUCCAAGACCUCUGCAUCAAUAUUUACAACAGUUGGGCAUCUCGAGUUCAAGGAAAUUACUUGCAGAUUCAUCAUCUGAUAUAACACCCAUUUCUUCUCCAUUGAUACCCAUUUCAGCACCAAACAGUGGAAAAACUGAAACCCAGGCUGUUGUGUCUAAGCCUGCAAAAGUUCAAGCAGUUUUAAAGGGCAUUAAACAGAGCCCCAAGAAGGUCAAUUUGGUGGCUGCAUUGGUUCGUGGCAUGCGUGUUGAAGAUGCAUUGUUGCAGUUGCAAGUAACAAUAAAACGUGCUGUGAAGACUGUCUAUCAGGUUAUUCACUCAGCCCGUGCAAAUGCAACCCAUAAUCAUGGGUUGGAUCCAGAUCGUCUUCUCGUUGCGGAGGCAUUUGUCGGGAAGGGAUUCUUUAAAAAGAGAGUGUCAUACCAUUCAAAAGGGCGAUCUGGAAUUAAAGUCAGACCAGAGUGUAGGUUGACGGUGGUAGUGAGGGAGAUGACCCCCGAAGAGGAGGCUGAGAUAGCCAGACUGAGAGUCAGCAAUUUCCGCAAACUCUCGAAGAGGGAAAGUCGGCUUGUACCACAUAAACUUAUUGAGACCACUCCAAUAUGGAACCGCAAAAGCAAAGCUUGUAAACCAAGUGUUGUGGCUUGAGCAGGGGUUCCCUUUCUGAGUUUUAUGCCAGUGUAGAAAAAUAAUCUCUAAAGGCUGCUGAGUUUGGAGAGGCAUUCCUUUUGACUAGAGAAAGUUCUUGCCAAAAAUAUUAAACUGGCUUUUGGUAGAUGGAACUAGGGUCUUCUUUUUUGUGGAUAAUUGUCUAAGAAGGUAUAUUGAAUGUUACAGUUAAUUUUGAUAUUUUUUGCGAAGGUAAGUGAUUUUAUUGACAAUUA